CACACACUUUACAGUCUUACACACCCAAGCUCCAAACCACACAUCUUAAACACAAUUAAUUGUCCACUACAUGAAACACAUUUCCAUACUUGCAGUCCAUCAUAUAAAAUAACAUAUGCUCAAAUUAUAAAAUGUAAAAUAAAAACAACCACACCUAAAGAUAUACAAUUUAACUGUUCAAAUGAUCCCCUAAAUUGCUUCAAAUAUAAUUUAUCAAAUUUAUUAUGAAUAUCGACCAAUUAAAUAAUGACGUAGAUGAUUUACAACAUUACGAUUCUUUCUAUUGUUCGCCAGAUGAGUGUUUAUCGUACAUUGAUCCUACCCGAAAUAGUCUAAAAAUUUUUCAUGUGAAUAUAAGAAGCAUAAACCGAAAUUUUGAUGAACUUACAUUAUUCUUAAACAGACUGGACUUAAAUCCGGAUAUAAUUAUUUUAACCGAGUGUUGGCUCAGCAAAGUGGUUAAUAUUCCGGACCUCAUUGGCUUCAACUCCCAUCGUUCUACUACACAAAAUCAAAAUGAUGGUGUAAUCAUAUUUGUCAAAACGCAGAUUACUUGUGACGUAUUAGUGUCAAGCCUGUGUGAUGCUAGCGGUCUUACGUUCACUUAUAAAAAUACCAUUGCAUUUGUGGCUGUAUAUCGUUCGCCUGCAAACAAAAAUAUUGACAACUUCUUGAUCUCUUUAAAUAAUUUGAUUACUUCUCUUGCAGCUUACGAAACAAUUGCGGUUAUUGGCGACAUUAAUAUCAAUAUUUUAUGUGAUACAAACGAUCCUAAAUCGGAGUCCUAUUUGAAUCUCCUCGCAUCUCAUGGUCUGUUACCUGCGCACUCGUUUAUUACUCAUGAUAAAAGUUGUCUAGAUCAUAUCAUGCUUCGGUCUAACAGAAAAGCUGUUACUUUAGUUUUUGACUCUGGUUUCACAGAUCACGCUCCGAUUCUCACAUGCAUUGAUCAAAAUAAGAAUAUUUCUCACUCUAGCAUACAUUCACGUAUUAACUACCAAAACGUAGUAAAUGAAAUAGCGCAAACUGAUUUCUCACCCAUUCUCAGUUGUAAAAAUGCAAACAUUGCUGCCGAAAUGUUAGUGUCAAAUAUAUCGAUGUGUAUAGUACAUAAUACCAGUGUUGUCAGGGUAUCAUGCAGGAAACGGAUUACAAAACCCUGGAUCACCCCGGGAAUCCUAAGGUGUAUCCGAAAUCGAGACCGUUUGCAUAAAAUGGUAAAAAAUAAUAAAAAUAAUGUAAUAAUCAAAAUUACAUUCCUUAGGUAUCGUAAUUUUUGUAAUAAGCUUUUAAAAAAAUUAAAACGUAUUUAUGAGCAAAAUGAACUACAAAAAGCUAAGCACAACCCGAAAGCCACUUGGAAUGUCAUUAAAAAUAUAAGUAACCUACGCACUAAAUCCCUUCCGUCUAAAGAGCUGUUAAAUCUAACAAGUGCACCUAAAACAUCCUUAAAUAUGGUAAAUAAAUAUUUUGGUAACAUUGGCUACCACCUUGCAUCCGGAGUCCGUCAGGCUCAACAGUUUUCGACAAUUAGUAUCAACAAACCGUCUCUACCUGAUAAUGUGAAUUUGCUGGGUAACUCCAUGGCACUCCUGGAGACAACUGAAAGUGAAGUAGACAAUGUGAUCGCUGGUCUUCGUGCUGACAGCGCCGUGGGAUAUGACGGAAUUUCAUCUACCUGUUCUUGAUAUAUAUAAAUAAUCUCUGUCAAAUGAAAAUCCCAAACUGUAACAUAAUUACCUACGCUGAUGACACAGUCCUGUUGACUCAUGGGGUCACGUGGGAACAUGCCCGUGAGCAUACUGAGAAUGCACUGCGUAAAACUGCUAACUGGCUUAGUGAAAACUUGCUUACUUUAAAUGUCAAUAAAACUAAAUAUAUUACCUUUUCUGCAUCUAAAAUUACUCAACCUAAAAUAGAUACCUUCAAUAUUAAAAUGCAUAACUGUGAUAUCUUUGAUGACUCCUGUGCCUGCCUGAAUUUGACUCGUACAGAAACUAUUAAAUAUCUCGGCGUUCACCUCGAUAGCACCUUAAGCUGGUCGACACAUCUUGAUACUAUGACAUCUCGUGUUCGUAAACUCAUGCCUGUUUUUAGAAAAUUAAGAGUUUCUGCCGAUUGGAACACAUUAAAGAUGGUAUACUUUGCCCUAGCGCAGUCUAUUUUGACAUAUUGUAUUCCGGCCUGGGGUGGUGCUUGUGCUUCCCACUUUCUAAAGCUGGAAAGAGCGCAGAGAACUGUCCUUAAAUUAAUAACCAAAAAAUCGUUCCUAUAUCCAACUACUAAGCUGUACAUGGACUGUGAAGUUCUCACAGUAAGACAACUUUAUGUCCUUCAAUUGAUACUACGUAAACACUCUUCUCUCCCUUUAGAUGUCAAUAUAAUAAACAAACGCAUGAAAUAUAGAGUAUGUCAACCCAUCCCCCAUAAAA